AUGGUCAACAACAGUUUCGGGCGGGCGAGGUCGUACGUGCAGCUGUCAACUCAUGAGAUUUUUACCAAGGGAACGCAAGUUGAGGUUAGCAGUGAUGAAGAGGGUUUAAUGGCACUUGGUUUGCUGCAACUAUAUUGGAAGCUGUGGGGGGAGGACAAGUUCCUUAUUGAAUACCAGAGCUUGAGGACAGAAGAUGAUUCAGCAUUUUUGAGAGAAGAGAUUGAUACGCUGCCCCUACAACCUUGUCUGCCCGAAACUGUUGUUGAUCAUUUCAGAGGUUGA